CUUCUAAUACUCAGCUCCUAAGGUUGAGGUAUAACUGUGAUAGGGCUGGGGACAUCUCACCUGAGUGGAAAGAAGAGCUGAGUUAUCCAGACAGUCAUCUAACUACACGAGGUCUUGGCAGCUUUGACCUGUUCUUUUGAAACUCAUGUCUGUCUAUGCUAUAUAUUUGGCUUACUAUUAUUCCUGGAUUUGCUUAGCUUUUUGGUGAAAAUGUCAUUAAUUACUGAUUUAUUUCAGUGGAAUAAGGAGUCCAACUGUGUAUGCAUAGUGUAUUUAGGGGUUUCAAUGCUUAUAAUUGCUCUUCCCUGAAUAAGAUGCUGUUGGGAAGAUUCUUAGUUUCACAGUGUCAAGCCAUUAAUUAAUCAAGGACCAAACCAGAAGCACAGCACUGUGGAGAAGAUUCUUAGGUAUCGAAAGUCACUGAUCGUAAAGCUCUGUGGAAGCAGUGCCUGGCUGCGGUUGGGGAACUUGUCUCCCAGUUACACAUUCCCCUGGCUGUGAAUCCAAUGCUGCUACUUUUUCCCUGUGCAAAGACGAGGCACAGCCACUGGAUGAGUCAUGGAUCUGUGCUCAGCUGUGUCUGACACAUGGAACUCUGGAGCAGGACAGAGGUAGCAGCUUUGUAGUGUGGGACUGCAAGGCACACACACAUAAAAAAAAAGUCUUACACUCAGUGCAGCCCAAACCUUGAAGGUCUCUUUAGAGGCCUUUGGCUGUGCUGCUUUUGACUCUACCCAGCCAGCCCCACCUCUCCCAUAUUCUUCCUUCUGGUGUUUUUAAUGGCUAACCCUCAUCAUCCAUACAGGUGCUUCCCUGACCUCUUUGGGUGGCUGUGACCUGUGCUAGCCCACCUAAAAGCAAAGUAGCCACAGGCACUGGGAGUGGCAAACAAACAGAAGGAUCUCUCAUUGCUGUUUCUCUUCCUUGAACUGCAGGUUGUUUAAUCACAUGUUGCAAAACAGAUUGUGGAGUGGGGUCGUUUUGCCUUUCAGCAGGGCUGUGGUGCUGGAACUGUAGAGGAGCAGAGCUGCUUGUCUCAGAAGGUGUUUCUAACACAGAGCAUGUGACAUCUAUCACAUAACACCAUGACAAAACCGUGCUUCUAACACAGAGCUCAAGCAAUUUGUGAAGUGAAAUUAGUCAGAGGUAUAUGUAAUGCUCUUUGAUUUAAAUGUGGAUUAGAAAGUAUGUACAGUAACAGUCCAUUUCUAAAGACAUUGAUUCUUUACAGCAAAAGAAUGAAAGUGAAAAUAUCCUGAAGAACAAUAAAACAAAGAGUACUGUAGUUCGGCUCUGAAAAAAUACCAAAGUUUUGCACUGGGUGCAAGAAGUGCUAUGGGGAAGGUGCAUGGGAUUAUUUUAGUGCUUCAUUCAUCUUCUGUUGUAUGUUAUGGGUCUGAUUUGCACCUGAUUUUGCACUCAAGAAAAUCCUGAGUUCCUCUUUUAGCUGUCAAAUAGGAAUGAACAUAGAAUCAGCCAUGGAGAAGGAGUCUUAGAUUAAGCAAAUGUGAGGUCCUAAUCUAGCUCUCUUUCAAGGCAGUUAUUCUGCUUGAUUUUUAGUAAGGAUUGAAAUAAACUAUAAUGGAGAGGAGACUCAGGUUACAGGGGCAAAAUUAGCAUUCAGAGAGAUGGAAAAAGAUGUCCUAUGGCAUAUUUAAAAUACCAGCAGGAUAGUCUUCUACUGGAUUUAUUGAAAGAUGAGUACCCAAAUAUCCCCAAAUUCCUAGAUAGGCUUAAAACUGUCUUCAUUUUUUUCAGUAAAUCAUUGUGUAAAUUAUGUAUAUUGUAACUUCAUGACAGUAGCAGUGUAAUAAUAUUAGUAACUACUGUCAUUCUCAACUUUUGUUAAGUAAUAAGAAAGUCACAGAAUAAAAUAUAAACAUAUGUGAUGGGCUUAAAAAAAUAAAUUCAAACAAUCAGUAAGACCAGAAGCUCUGUAAGUGCCAAAUUAUUGUUGCAGAAGUAUUCUUUUUAUCUAUGGGUCAUGAUUUCCAAGAAAUGAGUGAAAAAUGUAAACACUUCCAAGCAUUUGUCCCUUUGGGCACAGAGUGUAUUAAACAACAACAACAAAAAAUACUUCAUGGACAGAAAAGAAUUGUUGGCCAGAGCAUUUUAGUCAGAUGCCAACAACGCCUGACUUGAUGAACAAGCAAGAGAAAAACUUGGAAAUGUUUUUAUCACCUGAUUCAUGGAAAUUCUCCAUUCACCUGAGUUUUAAAAUGAAGCCUCCUUCAAGUUCAAGGAAACAAACUGGAAAUGUUUUUCUGUAGUAGAAUUCAAAGCAGGAGGUGGUUGUGGUAAUUACUGGCAAGCAAAUAGUAAAUACUCUCAGAGGUGAAAACCACAGAGCUGGAAAUCAUGCCUCUGCUAAGCUGGGUCAGAUUCCAUGCUUGAUUACACUGCAUGAAUAAAUUCUUGAAAAUUAUUAUUUCAGAAGUGAAAAAAUAAUCUGAAUUCUUACUUUUGCAAAGCGGGGCAGAAAUAUGUGGAAGAACAUGGCAUCAUUAGUUUGCUGCAUUAUUGGUUUAGAGGUGCCCUUUUGAGUCAUACAGGUACAAAUAUCCCAUUGCUCCCAGGCUAAUUGUAAGAUUUCUAAGAUCAUACAAGUUAUUUAAGCAUCUAAAUCCAUUUUGUUUCCUGUGUCAGCUCUUUGUUGUUGGUUUGAUCCCACAAUAAAAAGUCAAUCAGUAUAUUAAGUAUAGGCUGAGAAUCCAUGCUGAUGGGGUGAAUGAAAAUUGGCAGCACCCAAGUCUUUUGUUGAUCUGAACAUUAAAUAACGGCAUUAGGACUGUUUCAUCUAGAACAAGAAUCACAUUGGUAUCCCAUAAAAAUCACUACGGUUGCUCUUUCUCUUUCAAAUCUCUCUAAACCCAGCUGAGCAAAUAUUGUAACUUUUGGAGCUGCCGGCUGGCAAUAGCAAUGCUUUGUGUUUCACCUCAAGUCUUCAUCAGUCCAACUUCUGCUCUGCACACAGCUAUGGCUGUGCCACAGGAAGGAUCAAAAUCAGAGCAAAAUUCUUCGAGUUGUAUCUGGUAUAGACCAAGACCAUCAGAAACCACAAAUUUCAGGCAGUGUAAAGUGCAAGACCAGAAAGUGGCCAAGGCAUUUCUGUCUGUUGCAAUCCUUCAAAUUUCCCCAACCAAAUACAGUUUGCUGGGCAAGGGGUUGUGUUGUAAAAAUCUCCUUUGUCUUCUUUGGAAGCUUUUUCAGUUUUCCUCCACAUCUUACAGUCAAUCCAUCAGCUCUCUGGAAAGACUAGUUUUCAGCCUACUUCCAUGGUCUGAGACCUUACAUUGUAUUGCUUAUCUUUAUCGUGCACAGUAUGCAUGGUUUUUGUAUGUGUCUGAUUAUUCUUGUAACCUGCUGAAAUCAGAAAAGGAAUUUUUCCCCUUGUUUCACUAAGGCCAGGAUGCCAUUCAUCGUCUUCCUGUGUGAUACUGUUUUCUCUGUUUAUUGUCUUCCCUCUAAAACAAAGUCUUUAGGAACAGAAGAGGCACUUCCCUUGGCAUACCCCUGGGAAACAGCUCCCUGGUAUUUUGUGAUGGCUUCUAACAAAAACAUCAAGGCAUGGCGGAAGCGCUGGUUCGUGCUGCGCAGAGGCCGCAUGAGCGGGAACCCAGAUGUGCUGGAGUACUACAGGAACAACCACUCCAAAAAACCCAUCCGGAUCAUUGACCUCAACGAGUGCGAAGUGCUGAAGCACUCGGGACCCAACUUCAUCAAGAAGGAAUUUCAGAACAACUUUGUCUUCAUUGUGAGAACCACCUACCGCACCUUCUACCUGGUAGCCAAAACCGAGGAGGAGAUGCAGAUCUGGGUGCACAACAUCAGCCAGAUCUGUAACUUUGGACAUCUAGAAGAUGGUACAGCAGAGGCUGUCUUCAUCACUGUCUGCAGGAGAGAUGCUGCAGCCCUGCAGGAGCGGGGGACCCCAAAGCAAGGUUCAGUGGAGAGCCUGUCUCACACGACCUCGUCCCCACAGCCAUCACCGGCUGCCUCCACCCAUGCCUCCCGCAUUGCUGAUCCCUCCUUCUCGGUCGACCAUGCUGCUGCUGACGCGUCUGCUGCGGAAGAGACCCCCAGCGAGUCAGAGUCGGUCUUCCUCCCUGACUACCUCUUCCUCUCCAACUGCGAGUCGGGCAAGCUCAGCCACAACAGGUGUGACAGCUGGUCGAAUUCAGACAGAUCUCUGGAGCAAACCUCAUCGGAUGAUGUUUUUGUCGACUCCUUGCAGUCCCAGCCCUCCUUGUACCUUGUACAGCCAUCCAGCGCUGGCACUGUGCACCAGGAUGGGGCCCCACUGGCAAAUCCCAGCACUGUGUCCAGGAACAUAGACAUUAGUGGGCCACCCAGUGACUUUUCCUCCUCUUCUCCACUGUUGGGGACACCGCUGACACCAACCUUUCAGAUUGACAAGAGCCAAAACGCACUGCCCUACGGUGUAACCCAGCUGGACGUCCUGUCCAACACCCCCCCACCACGGCCACCCAAGCCAACCCACUUCUCAGACAGGAGAGGGGACGAGGUGGGUGGUGGAGCCCUCCAGAAUGGGCACGCAGGGAUCUGCCGGGCUCAGGUUGCUCUGGUGCCCAGGAGGAUCUCCUUGUCCAGCUUGGACAACGUGAGGAACUGGAAAGCAGACAUGGAAGGCAGUUCCUUAAGAAGUCGGGAUAAGAGGCUUAGCUUGAAUUUGCCCUGUCGGUUCUCCCCGCUCUACUCGACCGCUUCAGACAGCACGGAGGACAGCUAUGUGCCCAUGCGCCCCAGCACCUCUCCCUCCGCGCCUGGCUCCGACUGUUCACCCGACGGCUACAUCCCCAUGAGCCCCGGCUCAGCCACGUUUACCUUCCCUGUCGUCAGCACUGAAAAACUCACCAGCCCAUUACCUGAGCUUCCCUCGGACCUGGAGCCCCCUCCAGUGAACCGAGACCUCAAGCCUCGUAGGAAAUCGCGGCCACCCCCUCUGGACUUGAGGAACCUCUCCACAAUCCGGGAGCAUGCUGCCGUGACCAGGAUGUGGACUGUGCCUUACAAUCGAAUGAGCUUUAUCUCACCAGAAAGAGACGGUAUUAAUUCAGCAAGAAUAUUUGCCAAUUCAGUUUCCGGAGAAGAGGAAGAAAGUUACAUUCAUAUGGAACACAGACAGGCAACAUCUCCAUACAGUGGUGCUUUUCCAUGGACAAGGAAAUCUAACCUUGAUUACUUAGCAUUGGAUUUUAAUUCUGCUUCCCCAUCCCCUGUACAGAAGAAACCUUUUCUCUCAGAGGAGCAGAGAGUGGACUAUGUCCAGGUGGAUGAACAGAAGACUCAAGCUUUACAGAACACUAAGCAGGAAUGGACAGAUGAGAGACAAUCAAAAGUCUAAAGGAAGAAGCUUUGGGAUCUGGAGGAUAUAUAUAUUUUUUUUUUUGCACUGGAACCACAAUGUUAAUGAAGCAGCUAUCACAGUAGAGUUCAAAGGCAGAGAGUUGUAAGUGGCUUACAGUCCGUAGAGGAAUGGCCUUUUUAAUGGAAACCUUUGAUUUCAGCUGGAAAUAGUAUGUUGAAUGAGUGAGUGGUUCACUGAUGAUUAAAGUAAUGCAUUACCCUUUUUACUGCCCUUACCAGUAAGCUACAUGGUACCAUUUUUUGGCAUGAUUCUGCGACGAGUCAUACAUUUAACGUUAACAAAUCCACUACAAGUUGCAUUAAUCUAGUUAGUCCUGCCUUCUCCUGUGUUGCAUAAUUCCUAGUUGCUAAAGCUAUUUUUUUAUAUUCCUACAAAUACUGCGGGUGCUCAGAGUGCUUUUAUGGCAGCGAGCAUCUGACAGGUAUUGGUGACUAAUCAACUAAGGGCUAAAAUACUGAAACAAUAAAAAGAACUUUUUAAAUACUUAGUGCUUAAGCGAAGAGGAUUUUGGAAAAUAUUUUUCCCCUUUUAAAAGUCUGACUCUGACCUGAUGCUGUCAGAAAACUCCAAACAGCACUACGUACUGAGGGGACUGGAAUGCCUGGUCUUUGACCCUCUGGGCGACGGUCAUUGUAUUAAGCUUCUUCCCUCCGUUGUGGCUCAUACUUGUCGCCUUUCUGUCUGAUGUUUUCUCCCCUGUCUUGAGGAGCGUCGUCGCACAGCGCAGCACAGCACAGCUGCUCCUCUAGCAGGAGGCUGCAGGCACACAGCUCUUGGCUGGCCAAAAAAUAGAAAGGGAAGCUGUGAGCCUGUUUCGGCAAGUCUUGGGAGAACUGGCGAAGGAUCAAGAAUGCUUUCAUCUGAACUGCAGAAGAAAUGCCAUUGGAACUGCUGGUAGCAGUCGUCAAACUGAUUGUUUCACUAGACCCACCCCCCCAAAAAAAAAGAGAAUUAGGAAGUGCAGUGUGCUCUGAGAGAGGCGAGCAGGCCUGCCAAAAUAAAACAACAAUGAGCUUAUGCGGCAUGAGGACCUCUGUGUUCAGGAAGCUUAUCUACCUUCGGACUUGUUGCAGGCACUAUCUCAGGAUCGCAUAUGUGUAUAGUUUAUAACAUAUUUAACUUGAAAAGCUUGGCCGCAAUCUUUAUUUUAAGGUGGCACACAGCCACUUGAAUGGUGGAAGUAUGCAGUACCGCUGAGCGACCCACACUGGAUUUGAUCCUGGCAGGCUUCGCUCGCGUAGGUAAGUCCUGCUGGCUGUGAGAGGUCCGAUCCUCUCGGCGAGGAUGGGCGGAAAGCUUUCCUCUUUGACGGUGCCAAGUCACCGGCCUCCCUUCGCGUGCCUGUUGCUACCACACUGUAUUACUGUAAUCUGACAUCCCAAAAAUGCUGAUUUACCAAACAGAGGUCGUAGAAAUGUCACUGCAGAACCCACUGGCAUUUCCAGGCUCCUACUUGCUGUCCUCUGUGCACCCACUCUGCUUCAGCCAUUUGGGCACUCCGGGAGGCUGAGAGACACGGCCGAGCCACACGUCCUGCUGGAGAGGCGGCGUAGCUGACGGAAACACCAUUUUCCUCCUACCUCAAGACAGCUGAAGUGCUUGCAAGCCUCACUGCUGCUUUAGCACACAUACAAAGCUGGGGAUCCGUGGUGACCAGGCUCUAAUUAGCUUACCCUGCAAGACCGACGAGGUUCACCGGCGCCUUUAUUGACUCUGGGGCAAACUGGGCACCCAGGCUUGCGGGCGUCAAGUGUCCUGGACCAGAGCUGCUUGGAAAACCGGGGUUUGUACUGCAGAUAGCUGACCUGCUGUCUCCUCCUACGCUCUCCCUGCCCACCAAAGCUCUAAACCGAAAGUUGGUGUUGGUAAAAGUUUUGCAAAGAAUUCAGACUUUUCCAUAGAAAUCCUGUCUGUCUGGUGUGAAAUUUAGUUUUGUUAAAACCUACUUGUUUUGUCCUAAAACUGCUGUAGGAGAGGCCUGAGCAGCCAUGCCCUGGGUGUGGUGCUGCUAAAGGGGAAGUGGGUUUGGGGAGAGGCGGUGGAGAUCAGCGCCACCACGGAGGUGUUUGAGAUGUUCGAGAGACGUAAGCAAGGAAGGGCCACAGUUAGAGUCGUGUGCCUUUCUGCUCAAAAGAGCUGCCUUUCUUUCAGGGUGUACAAAUAACACUUGUCACGGAAAGCUUUUGGUGUGUGCUGCAGUGCUAAAAGAGCAGCUAAGGCGCGUGUCACAGCAGGGGACAGGGAACAUCCCCACGGGCAGGUGAAACUGCUGUGCUGCUGCAGAUCCCAAAUCGCAGGGUGACGGCACAGCGGCCUCCGAGGCGGCCUGCGAUAGCGGACAGAUCAGCUCGUGUUUGACCAGAGCAGUUCUUUUCAUGCUGUCAGAAAAUCUUCUGAAGUAGAAAAACACCAAGUUAUUGGAGACAACUGAGUCACUUGUUAUUCUAGUUUAUUGUAAAAAUAUUUAAACUUUGAGAAACCUGGUUAAGGGAGCAUUCAGAAGGUUAGAAAAGAAAGAGCUCUUUUGGUAUUUUUUCCCCCCCUAAAAGGACAUAAACAUAUAGAUUGGCAGGGACUGUCCUUAGAUCAGAACGGCCCCCUUUCAACUUCCAUGUGUCCCCUGCUUGCCCCCACCGCUCUCUUACGUUGAUCAUAUGCUGGUCAUUGGUUUCUAACUUCCACUUUUUAACUAAAAGCUAAGUUUGGGGGUUUAUUCAGAUUUUUCAUUUAAGGUCUGGCUUUGCUUGCGGCUCCAGGCUCUGUGAUACGCAUUCUUGCGUAAGCACCACACGUAAACCAGGAACAAUUAAAACAAAAUUAAAAAAACAGUUUUAAAGGCAGAGAGGUCCUCCCCCAAGGCUUUUAUUUUUUUGUUUUAGUCAAAUUCAACAAUACUCGGAAGAGGGUAAGGAGGAGGGGGAUCGGGGGAGGAUGGCAAAGGCCGGACCUGCUGUGGCCACCCCAUCAUUAGGGAUGCUGGCGGUCAGGGAGCUGCUGCAGCCCCUGCUGUAGCACCCUACGGGUGCUACAUAGCAGAAAGGAGUCCCUGGUUGAAGUCUGUUCUUAACUACUCAUCCCUUGGCCAAAGAGGAAAGAAAACCCAUGAAAGCACCUGAAAAUUGAGUCAGCUUUUGACAGCAUCACGUCUGACAGCGUAGCCCAGGCAAGAGCCCAUGGCUGGCACUGGCUCUGGGGUCAGCCAGGAACACUGCUGGUAGUGUCUUCCUUUUGCUGGGGGUCGGUUCUGGUGUUAUUGGUGUGUAUUUCUUUAAAAAGUAUCAUGAGAGCUGAUGCAGAGAGAGGCUGUGCACCUAAAUGAGAGUGGGACAGCCAGUGGUUCCUUAGGAAACUCCCAUCUCCUGGGAGGACGGGCAUUGCCUGGCUCAGCACUUGCUGUGCCUUCUCCAGCACCACCAGUGUUCCUGGUUUAAAAGGGAGAGGAGCGCUCAAGGAGCAGCAUGGUUCUCGCUUGAUGGGAAAGGUCACGCUGUGGGGUUGCCAGCUGAAGCUGGGUUGCAGGACGAUGUAGGACACAAACAAGCGAAAUGGUUUCAGACCUGUGGUUGGUGUUGGGGUGAUCAGCUGGGAUCCCCCUGCGGCUGGCACGGCCGGUGAGCGGGCCAGCGUGCCGGCACCCAGGCACGGGAGGGAGGAGACCAGCGAUGAGAUGGAGCUCUUGUACUGAAAUCUGUGGCCACUGUAUAACAAAAUAGCCUGCGACAAACACCUGCUUGAAAUACUUCCUAAAGAAUCGUAAUGAAAUCAAUUCGAUCAGUUCCUUCCUGGAGCGAUUUCAGUGCUGAACUGGGAUUUACACACAUUCCCAACGUCUUUAUUCCGCUCGGGUUUAACAGGGCCUUAUUCUGCAGUCUUGCCAUGAUCACGCGUUUAAGCAAGGCGUAGCAGGAUGCAAAGUUUGUUUGCUUUUAGGUCUAAGCUGUUUUUUCCGUUUAUAAUGCCUUUAUUACAGGAGGCAGCAUUAAAUUCUUUACUGGCAGAUAGGAACACUUUACCUGAGAAAAGUCAACAGCCAUUUAGCUGGAGCCAGGUGCUUUCGGCCAGCUCACUUUUGCCGGCAGUAGCGCCUGCUCUCUUCCAUGUCGCUAAUUACAUCGUAAGUGUAGAUUUUGGAGUUGCAUUCACUUGAAGUGAUUCAGUGGUUUAGUAAUUCAAAGACCAUCAGAUGCUGUGAUGAGAAUGAAGCACAGGGCAAUGCCUUUUCUUUGUUCCCGUUCCGCAAAACUUGCUCAGGUCUUAAAAAAAAAAAUAAAUAAAAAAGCCACCAAAAUAGCAGACUUUUGCCAUGUCAAAGCCAGAAUAUUUUUUGUUCAAAUAAAAAUAAACUUUUGUCUUGUGCAAAUGAAGCAUUAUACGUUUUUUGUAUUUGUAAAUCUGUGGGGAAGCAUUAAACAAUCAUCUCUGUUACGAAGGAGUAAGUCAUUGAUAGAGGGAAGGGGCUCACCUUCCUGAUGUUUCAUUGUAAUGUUUGUUGUAUAUAUUUGCACAUUAAACUGUAUAUCUUUUUUCUAAUAAAUUAAUAUAAAAUAUAA